AUGGCUAGGGAACUUGUAUCAUUCGGAGUACAAAAGCUUUGGGACCUAUUAUCCCAAGAAUACGAGCAAUUUCACGGAGUUGAUGAUCAAGUUACUGACCUAAAACGUGAUCUAAGUUUGUUAAGCUGUUUUCUAAAAGAUGCAGAUGAAAAGAAACAUACAAGCGCGGUGGUGAAAAACUGCGUUGACGAGAUCAAGGAAAUUAUCUAUGAUGCUGAGGAUAUCAUUGAAACUUUUCUUUUGAAUGAAGAAUUAGGAAAAACAAGUGGAUUCAGAAAGCGGGUCAAAAAAUUCGCUUUCACUAUCGUCGAUCGUAGGGAACUUGCUUCUAAUAUUGGAGGCAUAAGUAAGAGGAUCACCAAUGUUAUUCGAGAUAUGAAAAGUUUUGGAGUACAACAGAUGAUUGUUGAUGGAAGCAGCCAUUCAAAUCCCCAACAAGAAAGACAAAGGGAGAUGCGACAAGAAUUUGCUAGGGACUACGAAAGCAAUCUUGUUGGGCUUGGAAGAAAAGUAAAGAAAUUGGUUGGAUAUUUUGUCAAGAAAGAUAACAUUCAAGUUGUUUCUAUCACUGGGAUGGGUGGUGUUGGUAAAACCACCCUUGCUAAACUUGUUUUUAAUCAUGAGAUGGUUAAGAAAAAGUUUGAUGGACUCGCAUGGGUGUGUGUUUCACAAGAAUUUACCCGAAAGCUUGUGUGGCAAACAAUCUUGCGAGAUCUUAGACCCAAUGAAGAGGAAAAGAAAAUUUUGGAGAUGACAGAAUCAACACUCCAAGACGAACUAUUCCGUUUAUUAGAGACAUCUAAAUCAUUGAUUGUGCUAGAUGACAUAUGGAGAGAAGAAGAUUGGGACCGAAUCAAGCCAAUAUUUCCACCGGAAAAAGGUUGGAAGGUGCUACUUACUUCUCGAAAUAAGAGUGUUGCAGUACGUGGUGAUACAACAUUUAUUAACUUUGAAUCAGAAUGCCUGAGUAUUGAAGAAAGUUGGACACUUCUUCAACUAAUAGCAUUUCCAAAGAGAAAUUCUUCCGGAUUUAUGGUUGAUGAGGAAAUGGAGGAUAUGGGUAAGGAAAUGAUAAAACAUUGUGGUGGAUUGCCUUUGGCUAUCAAAGUGUUAGGAGGUUUUUUAGCUGCAAAAUAUACAAUGCUCGACUGGAAAAGAGUAUUUGAGGAUAUUGGAUCUCGUAGCAUGGGAAGAAUUAAUUUAAUUGAUGAAGAUGAUGAAAUAGAUGUGUCUAGUUUGGCUUACUAUUGGGCAGCAGAAGGAAUACUCAAACCUAAGAAUUUCGAUGGAGAGACCAUUCGAGAUAUUGGAGACAGCUACAUAGACGAGUUGGUGAGGAGGAAUAUGGUUAUUUCUGAAAGAGAUAAUAGGACUUUGAGGUUUGAAACUUGUCAUUUGCAUGACACAAUGAGAGAACUUUGUUUAGUUAAAGCCAAAGAAGAGAACUUCCUACACAUUGCCGGUACCUGCUCCCAGACCAUAGGCUCUCAAUCUCUUUGUAGAUCUCGCAGACUUGUCUGCCAGUAUCCUACUAAAUUACAUGUUGAGAGAGACAUAAAUAGUUUUAAACUUCGAUCUCUUCUUAUUGUCUUGGAUUGCUAUGGAGAAAGUUGGAUGCUAUCAGGUUCAAGCUUUAAAAAGUUAGAACUUCUGAGGGUUUUAGAUCUCUACAAAGUCGAGUUUCAAGGAGGGAAGUUACCUGAUGGCAUUGGAAAGCUCAUCCACUUAAAAUUUUUAAGCUUAAAAGAGGCUAAGGUAUCUCGUCUACCUUCUUCUCUGGGAAACCUAAUGUUGUUGAUCUAUUUAAAUAUCAAUGUAUAUAUGGGACACAUGGAACCUAUAUUUGUACCAAAUGUCUUGAUGGGGAUGCAAGAGUUAAGAUAUCUUGCAUUACCAACUCUUAUGCAUAAGGAUACAAAGUUGGAAUUGAGUAAGCUAGUAAACUUGGAGACCUUGGAAGAAUUUACAACAGAGACCAGCAGCGUAAAUGAUCUUCGUGGUAUGGUCAGGUUGAGGAGUCUUGCAAUAACUUUAACUAGUGAUACUACUCUUAAACCUCUAUAUGCGUCAAUAGGUGGACUGAGACACUUGGAAAAUCUUGAGAUAGAUGAUCACAGGUCUAACAUCAUGGAGGGACUUGUAUUGGAUUUUGUUCAUCUCAAAAAGCUGAGAUUGUGUAUGUAUAUGCCAAAGCUUCCUAGAAAACAACACUUCCCUUCUAACCUUACCACCAUAUCUUUAGACGGUUGUCGUUUGGUGGACGAUCCGAUGCCAAGUCUAGAGAAGCUGCUUCACUUAUAUGAGGUCAAGUUAAUUUAUAAUUCUUUUUGUGGGAAGAGAAUGGUUUGCUCGGGAGGUGGAUUUCCUCGAUUGCACAAGCUUAGAUUAUCUGGAUUAGAUAGAUUGGAAGAGUGGAUAGUAGAAGAAGGUUCGAUGCCCAUGAUUCAUACUGUGUCUAUUUGGGGUUGUCAAAAGUUAAAGAAGGUUCCAGCUGAGCUGCUAUUCAUCUCUUCCUUAAAUCAUCUAAACAUGGACAAGCAUUGGGAGGAGCAAUUUCUGGAAGGUGGUGAAGAUUACUACAAAGUCUUGCACAUUCCUUCUAUUACAUUCCGAGCGACCUAUGACGAAUGAGGCUCUAAGCAGUAACACACUAUAUACCAGACAAUUCUUUUCCUAGGCGAAUUUGUUAUCAAACUUGAUCAUUCGGGAAGAAAAACAAAUUGUAUUUAUGCCUUAAUAUCUAU